AUGGCUCCUCACAUCACUGUUGUCCCCGCAUCCACAAAGGCCGGCAGAGAAACCAUCCGUGUCCUUCUCAACUCCGAGAGCAAGCCCCACGUCCGCGGAAUCUAUCGAGACGCAUCCAGGGCCCCCUCCAAGUUUGUUCAAAACGCCAACUUUGAAGCCGUCCAGGGCGAUGUUGGGGCCGGCACCGGCCUUGAUUUUGGUAGCUCGGACGCCGUCUUUUACAUCCCACCGCCCAUCUAUGACGGAACAGACUCGGGGGAGUUUGCUACUCGUGCUGGAAACAACGUCAAGAGUGCUCUAAAGGCAUCACCCAGCGUCAAGCGACUUCUCCUAUUUUCCGCGAUCGGUGCUCAAAAUGAUCACGGCAUCGGUAUCCUGCGCCUCAACCACAUCGCUGAGAACAUUCUCAAGGAUGCGGUGCCAGAGGUUAUAAUCGUCAGGCCCUCCUACUUCCAGGAAGACCUCGCUUCUGUGCUUGAGGAAGCACGGGCAGACCCGCCGGUUAUCACCUCGAUCUUCACCCCCGCGGAUCACAAGAUUCCCAUGGUGAGCCUCAAGGACAUCAGCGAGAUCUGUGCAAACUCCCUCCUCGCAGAGACAGCGAAGCCCAGCCCUCACUACUUCAAGCUAUUUGGGCCCAGAUCCUACAGCGCUCUUGACCUGAAGAAGGCAGUCGAGGAGGUUAUUGGCAAGACAGUUGAGCUCAAACUCAUCGAGAGAGAUCAACUUUCCGAGUUCUUUGCGAAGCAGCUUCCUGAGCCCUAUGUGCAAGAACUCGUGGACAUGACGACGGCUGGUUUGCCUGGUGGAGUUAUUAACAAAGACUUUGUGUAUGAUGAUGACACUGUCAAGGGGAUAGUUGAGUUGGUUGACACACUGCGAGAGCUGUACACCAAGUAA